AUGGGGGGACUGCAGGAGAGUGAAAGGGUCUUACAGCAAAGGCAGCUAAAUGACAGGAGCAUUCCUCCUCCUCCUCCUCCUCCUCCACAGCUGACCCCCGAAUUCACACAGCGGCUGAAUAACAAAAUCAGGGAGCUGCUCCAGCAGAUGGAGAGGGGCCUGAAGUCUGCCGACCCGCAGGACUGCACCACCUACACUGGCUGGGCAGGCAUUGCGUUGCUGUAUUUGCACCUGCAUGAUGUGUAUGGAGACCCAGCCUACCUUCAGGUGGCCCAUGAGUAUGUGAAGAAGAGCCUGAGCUGUCUGACAAGACGAUCCAUCACUUUCUUGUGUGGAGAUGCCGGCCCCCUGGCAGUGGCUGCUGUAGUCUACCACAAACUGCAGAACCAGAAGCAAGCAGAAGACUGCAUCACUCGUUUGCUUCAUCUACACAAGGUCGACCCACGAGUGCCAGAUGAACUGCUGUACGGGCGCAUGGGCUAUCUCUAUGCACUGAUAUUUGUGAACAAGCACUUCGGAGAAGAAAAGAUCCCUCAAAGCCACAUUCAGCAGGUCUGUGAAGCCGUUGUAGCCUCAGGAGAAAAUUUGGCCAAAAGGAGGAACUUCACAUCCAAGAGCCCACUGAUGUAUGAGUGGUACCAGGAGUACUAUGUAGGGGCAGCCCAUGGUUUGGCUGGGAUUUACUAUUAUCUCAUGCAGCCUGGCCUUGGAGUGAGCCAAGUAAAGCUGCACAACACGGUCAAACCCAGUGUGGACUACGUCUGCCAGCUCAAGUUCCCAUCUGGCAAUUACCCUCCAUGCAUUGAUGACACCAGAGACCUACUCGUCCACUGGUGCCAUGGGGCACCAGGUGUUAUCUACAUGCUUGUCCAGGCCUACAAGGUCUUUGGGGAACAGCAGUACCUAAAUGAUGCCCUGCAGUGUGCAGAAGUGAUCUGGCAGCAUGGGUUACUGAAGAAGGGCUACGGGCUGUGCCACGGGACAGCUGGCAAUGCUUAUGGCUUCCUAGUACUGUACAGCCUCACUCAGAACAUGAAAUACCUGUACAGGGCCUGCAAGUUUGCAGAGUGGUGUUUAAGCUAUGGUCAACAUGGGUGCCGGACCCCAGACACGCCAUUCUCUCUCUUUGAAGGAAUGGCUGGAACGAUUUACUUUCUUGCUGACCUGCUGGUGCCAACCAAGGCCAAGUUCCCCGCAUUUGAACUCUGAAUUUGAGCUUGGCAGUGUCCUGCCUGAAUCCUUCUGCACUUGGAAAAGCAGUUUGAAGCUGCUCCCUCCUUCUUCCAAACUCAUCAUUAUUCACCUAACUGAACGUAAAUCCAUCCUCCUGAGGGCACGCUGAGUUCUCUAAUAUUUCUAGUCAUCUUGUUGCAUUGUUUCAAUUUAAAAGACAGAAUGCAGAUUUUGCUGGUGUCUCUUAAAAAACGCAGGGCUGCAGGGGGGAGCAGGGAGAAAAUGUACAGUAUUUUGUUGGCUAUAGAGUUUUGCUAUUUUCUGUAUCCCAUUUCCUGGGAGAAAGUUUUCUAUUUAAUGUAACUUGGCCUUUUUUUUUUUUUGUGCUGACAAAUAGUCACAGGAAUUUUGUUGCCUUUGGAAAACAAAAGGUGAAAAACUGAGACUACUGCCCUGCAAGUUGCUUUUAAGUGUUUUCUUUCUGAGCACCCAGGGAGUAGGCAGUUUAGUAGCUGGGCUGCUCCACAUGAUGCGAAUGUGAUGGAUUGUGGAGUCCUUAUAUUGGUUUUUUUUAAUGUCAGAUUGCAAGUGGCACAGCUGGAACUGACAUGCCAAAGCCUUGUCCUGGAUUUCCACCUGUCUGCUUUCAAGGCAAAGGCUAGGUGUAGCUCUUUUAUGCAUUUUUUCCAGUGACAGACACUAAUCCACUAGCUUUUAUGCUUAUUUGCCAUCUUAUGCUAAAGCUUGCAAAAGUCCAUUGCUCAUCUGAUGAAAAACUCCAAUCUAAUCAUCUGAGCUAAGCAUGCUUGCUGGUGCGGUCUCUUCUGUUUAGCUUUGGAAGUUUAUUUUGCAGUCUUUAUUUAAAAUUGUGUAUGAAUAUUAUAGAUGUUUGGUGGUGCCAGGCCCACCAGCAGCAGCAUGGGAAAAGAAAUGUAUUCCACUGAGUUCUGUCAGUGUUUAACCUGUUACCUGUAUAGAUGUUGUUUACUUGCUUUGUUUUAUAAGUUUUCCUGAACCUGGAUACUUUGAGUCACUUGUUUGCCUUGUUACUGCUUGUCGUAGUUUGAUAUGCAACCACACAUCUACCCAACUGGAAGAUCUGCCCUACGUUAAAGCCUGUCAAGCAGACCAGAUACUUGCAAGGAGUAAUCUGCUUUUCCAUCCUUAGCUGAUGCUACACUAAUUUGCAACAUUAGGGAGCUGACCCUGGAAACCACUUUCUUAGCACUGAGCAUGAGCUAAACACUGAGCGCAGUGAAAGUUACUGCUGCAGCUGUACCACUUUGUGCCAUUUGAGGGCAGCUCCUCAGCCUGCAUGAGAGUGGACGUGGGGUUCGGUCUUUUAAGGGCCCAAUUGCUGAGUGCCUCAGGCCACCUAAGAGCAGACGAGCAGCUGCAGGGCAGCAUGGGCAACCUCCAAGCCAGCACACUCCUGCACCAGCAGUAGUGAAGCAGGAUGACCAAACCUGGCACACAAACACAGCUUAGCUCACAUGUGCCCGAUCACAGGGCAGCCUAUCCACAGCGGCAUAGGCAGACCCUUAAGCUCCUGGAUGACUCCUCCAGCAAAGAGUAGAGACCAUUCCUGGAAGGCCGCCUGUUUCCUCACAGCCCAGCGUCCUGCUGCCAUCACAUGUUUCUGAAAGUUCAUCAAAAGACAGCCUGAAGUGCAGAGACGCUCAUCUGCUUUGGGCUGGGCAUCUCUGUCAGAAGCCUCGAGCUCAUGCAGACUCAGCAGUGGUCAUCCCCUGUCAUUCAGCCUAAGCAACACAGGGAGGUGACUGGAGAGGAACAACUGCGGCCUUGAGAGCAGGAUUUGGCUAAUCGAGCAGUUUGGGGGUGGGAUCCUGUAGUACGGUGAGGCCUGCUGUAAGUUACCUCCCAGCCUGGCUGGUGCUGAUGGCAGCGUAGGGGCACUGCCCUGAGCCUGUGUUUCUCCUGAGCUCUGCUUCUGUAAAGCAGGUGGUUCGUGCAACCUGGUAUCACGGCAGCAUCAUGUCCCAGGGUUUGAACACUGAUCAGGGGAUCAUCAGGGCCUGGUGUACAGCUGCUGAGUGGAGCACUGUUUAAUAAAAAUGCUGAAACAAAACAAGCUUUGGGUUAUUUUUACCCCCCACUUUGUGACCAGGAUUCAUGU